AGUCUUACACAGGUGUACCGGCUCCUCCCCUUCAGUCUUACACAGGUGUACCGGCUCCUCCCCUUCAGUCUUGCACAGGUGUACUGGCUCCUCCCCUUCAGUCUUGCACAGGUGUACCGGCUCCUCCCCUUCAGUCUUGCACAGGUGUAUCGGCUCCUCCCCUUCAGUCUUGCACAGGUGUACCGACUCCUCCCUUUCAGUCUUGCACAGGUGUACUGGCUCCUCCCCUUCAGUCUUGCACAGGUGUACCGGCUCCUCCCCUUCAGUCUUGCACAGGUGUACCGGCUCCUCCCCUUCAGUCUUGCACAGGUGUACUGGCUCCUCCCCUCCAGUCUUGCACAGGUGUACAGGCUCCUCCCCUCCAGUCUUGCACAGGUGUACCGGCUCCUCCCCUUCAGUCUUGCACAGGUGUACCGGCUCCUCCCCUUCAGUCUUGCACAGGUGUACCGGCUCCUCCCCUUCAGUCUUGCACAGGUGUACUGGCUCCUCCCCUUCAGUCUUGCACAGGUGUACCGGCUCCUCCCCUUCAGUCUUGCACAGGUGUACCGGCUCCUCCCCUUCAGUCUUCAGUCCGGCUCCUCCCCUUCAGCACAGGUGUACCGGCUCCUCCCCUUCAGUCUUGCACAGGUGUACCGGCUCCUCCCCUUCACAGGUGUACCGGCUCCUCCCCCUUCAGUCUUGCACAGGUGUACCGGCUCCUCCCCCUUCAGUCUUGCACAGGUGUAUCGGCUCCUCCCCUUCAGACUUCACAAAUGGUCACAAAUUCCCACAGACACCCUCCAAUCCAUA